CUUCACAAAUCCUACCACCAACCAUGGAGAAUAUUCUGAAAAUCCUAAUCACCUUCGCAUUCCUAUCUUUACUAGUCGACGCCGCCGUAUCCAUCUCACUCCCCCCUGCGGCGAGGAACCCAGAGAAAUUCAAAAGGGCCGUAGACAAGGCCAAAUCCCAACUCCCCAAUUUCGGAAGCAAGCUGCCCAACUUCAAGAACCAAUUGGAAUUCAAAAGGGCCUUAGACAAGGCCAAAUCCCAAUUCCCCGGGAUAACAAAAAAGAUCCACGCACUGCAAGCUUGGUUUCGCCUGCAGCAGCGGUGGCGGAAGGCCGGGAGGGUGAGCGCCUUCGACGACUGCAUCGUGAUGACUGCCGACUCGAUAGACCAGAUCAAGUCCAGCGUGGAGAUAUUCGAGGGCGUCGAAUGGUCCAAGGACGGCAUCUUAUCCCUGAACGCGACACAGAAGGUGCAACUCAAUAACCUCCUCAGCGCCGCCCAGACCAACGUGCUCACCUGCCUUGACGGCUUCACCCACACCCGCGCUGACAAGAAGGACCAGGCGGACAUCCUCAAGGCCGACCUCAUGGUAUUGCACCGUGGAGCCGGCUUCAUGCUGUCGAUAACGAAUAGUCUGAAGGUAAAGGAGGCGGAGACGGAGAUUGUUCCUCCGGGAGACGACUGGCCGGAGUGGCUGUCGGCCGAGGAGAGGACUAUGCUGCUGCAUCGGAAUCCGGAGGUGGUGCACGCGACGGUGGCAUUGGACAAGAGCGGGGACUACAAGACGGUGUCGGACGCGGUGAACGCCGUGAGGGUGAAGAUGAUGGUGCAUCCGUCCCUGGGUAAGAGGUAUGUGAUUAGGAUAAAGGCGGGGAAAUAUAUGGAGAAUGUGGUGAUACCCAAGGACAUGAAGAACUUGACGUUCAUCGGAGAUGGCUCCGACAAAACUUUUAUCAUCGCCAGCCAGAACGUCGUCGACGGCAGCACCACCUUCAAUUCCGCCACCGUAGGGGUUGCCGGAGACGGUUUUCUUGCCAGCGGUAUCACAUUUGAAAACGCGGCGGGGCCAUCGAAGAACCAAGCCGUGGCCCUCCGCGUGAACGCAGACCGUGCCGCCUUCUACGGUUGCAAUAUGAUCGGCCACCAGAACACCCUCUACGUCCAUUCCUUCCGCCAGUUCUACAAAUCCUGCACCAUCAGAGGCACCGUCGACUUCAUCUUCGGGAAUGCGGCCGCCUUCCUCUACAACUGCAAUAUCGAGGCCCGGGUCCCCAAACCCGGCCAGAAAAACACGAUCACCGCCCAAGGCCGCGACAACAUCAACCAGACCACCGGCAUCGUCAUUCGCAAAAGCCGCAUCAGGGCCGCGCAAGAACUCAAGGACUUCAAGGAGGAAGUUUGGACGUACCUCGGCAGGCCGUGGAAGGAGUACUCGAGGACCGUCGUGAUGGAGACUGAUAUCAGUAAUGUGAUACAUCCUAAUGGUUGGUUAGAAUCGAGAGGGGAGUUUGCUCUUAAUACUCUUGACUAUGCUGAGUAUAUGAACACCGGCGACGGGGCGAAGACGGAGAGUAGGGUGAAGUGGAAAGGGUUUCGUGUGCUGACAGAGAAGGAGGUGGAACCGUUUACGCUCAGGAAUUUCAUCGGUGGUAAGAGUUAGCUGAAGAGGAUGGGUUUCCCCUUCUCUCUUGGGCUCUGAUCCUCAUAUUUGUGUGUUUUACAUAUACAAUCUCCACUUGUAUUACGUUGUUUCUUUGUUUUGUUUCCAUUGUUGUUGUGCUAAAAUAAUGAAUCAAUUCGUCCUUUUAUGA